GCGCCCGCCCCCGCCGGGCGAUGCAUGGAGAUGCCAUGAUUCCAGGAACUGCGGUGUGCGGGUCCUGACUGCUGCGGGAGUCAGGACGAUUGGUCCCCCACUCGCUAUCUGCCCUCCAGUCCUCGAUAAGAUUCGACGAUAAAAAAAUUCCAGACACCACAACGAGAACAUUGUCCAAGACUUGCGACUGGGGUACGAGCUGCAACGUGAUCAUGGCUUCCGAUCUCAGCAAAAAGAGGAAAUUCAAGGACGCCAAGGGCGUCAGCUCUGAAUCCUCCGCCUCUGCUUCGAAGGUGAAAAAGUUAAAGAGCGAUCCGACACCCGACACAAGCGAUGCUGAAAGCGAUAGCGAUGCUGGAAGCGCCAGCGAUAGCGCAGAAAGCACGCACGAGGAGGAUCUUGAUGAGGAUGCCGCAGAAGUGGACAAUGGAAGACGCGAGGAGAACUCGAACGACAGGGACGAGUCGGCAGAUCUAGAUGAGAUACCGAAAAACGAUGGCGCGCUGCUCCCGCCCCCCGUUUCGACCGACGCCGAGGCGUUUUCUGAGCUGAACCUCUCCGAGAAGACAAUGAGCGCCAUUGCAGAGAUGGGCUUCACAAAGAUGACCGAAAUCCAGCGGCGCGGCAUACCUCCUCUCCUUGCGGGCAAAGACGUGCUGGGGGCAGCCAAGACUGGGUCUGGAAAGACACUUGCCUUUCUCAUCCCCGUCGUUGAGAUGCUCAGUGCCCUCCGCUUCAAGCCGAGAAACGGAACUGGUGCUAUUGUCGUCACCCCGACGCGCGAACUGGCGCUGCAGAUUUUUGGGGUUGCGCGGGAGUUGAUGAAAAACCACUCGCAGACUUAUGGAGUUGUCAUUGGAGGAGCUAACAGAAGGGCCGAGGCCGAGAAGCUUGGGAAGGGCGUUAACCUCCUCAUUGCCACACCCGGGAGACUGCUUGACCAUCUCCAAUCAACACCAUUCGUCUUCAAGAAUUUGAAGUCCCUGAUUAUCGACGAGGCCGACCGGAUUCUGGAGGUUGGUUUUGAGGAUGAAAUGCGCCAAAUCGUAAAGAUCCUCCCCAAGGAAAACCGGCAGACGAUGCUCUUUUCGGCUACCCAGACAACAAAGGUCGAGGACCUAGCAAGAAUCUCUCUUCGGCCAGGACCUCUCUACAUCAACGUUGACGAAGGGAAGCAACACAGCACGGUGGAAGGGCUGGACCAGGGAUAUGUUGUUGUGGAGGCUGAUAAGCGCUUCCUUCUGCUCUUCUCGUUCCUGAAAAAGAUGGCCAAAAAGAAGGUCAUCGUCUUUUUCUCGUCCUGCAACUCGGUCAAGUACUACAGCGAGCUUCUGCAGUACAUUGAUCUGCAGGUUCUCGACCUCCACGGAAAGCAGAAGCAGCAAAAGAGAACCAACACCUUCUUCGAAUUCUGCAACGCCAAGCAGGGCACGCUUAUCUGCACUGAUGUCGCGGCUCGGGGUCUUGAUAUUCCGGCAGUCGACUGGAUUGUCCAAUUCGAUCCACCGGACGAUCCCCGCGACUACAUCCACCGUGUCGGCCGGACAGCGCGGGGCAACAAUUCCAAGGGUCGGUCGCUGCUCUUCUUGCAGCCCAGUGAGCUUGGCUUUCUCGCCCAUCUGAAGGCUGCCAAGGUCCCGGUGGUGGAAUACGACUUCCCCAAGAACAAAAUCCUCAAUGUGCAGUCUCAGUUGGAGAAACUCAUUGGGAGCAACUACUACCUGAACCAAAGCGCCAAGGACGGGUUCCGAUCCUACCUCCACGCCUACGCAUCCCACAGUCUGCGGAGCGUGUUUGACAUCCACAAGCUUGAUUUGGCCAAGGUGGCGAAGAGCUUUGGUUUCGCCACGCCGCCUAGGGUCGAUAUCACGCUGUCAGCAAGCCUGAGUCGGGAUAAGAAGCCACAAGCAAGGAGAGCAUAUGGCAGCCAACCUCGCCAAGGUGGGCAUCACCGCAAAUGAUGCCUUUGUGGAGCAAGUUUAGGCGUUGUAGGGAGUGGAUUUUCCUUCCACAAAGUUUUGUCAUGGCGUUGUGGCGUCCAAGUCCAAAAAGGGGCGCAUUGUCAGGCUGAUUUCAAAAGAUGAUCAGCCAUCGAUUCUGUUACAUUUGCUUGUCAGUCCUACACUUACUUCCAACUUCCAUGUCCCUGGUUGAUGUCUUCCGUGGGCAUUUACACGCGACUACAUUAGUGCCAGAAAUGUAGCGCCGAUAGGUAUCGCCAAUUGUCCUCUGCGUGUACUCUGUCACUCAACAUCAUUGCAGCCCCAUGGACACUACUGCGUGAAGCCUAACAUUAAUUCUUUCAGCUUUGAUUAUUCUCGAUACAGAGUCACCAUAUACAGGAAUCAAG